AUGAAAAUCACAAUGUUCUCCUCUCUCCUCACCAUCCUCGCCGUCUCCUCCACCACCCUCGCAAUGCCUGUUGCAUCCGCAUCACCCCAAGCAGCAGCAUCCCAAACAAUCUCCGUCUCCUACGACGAGCGAUACGACAAGGGAGCCUCCUCCCUGACCACUGUCUCCUGCUCCGACGGCACCAACGGCCUCAUCACCCAAGGCUACUCAACCUUCGAAUCCCUCCCCAACUUCCCCCUCAUCGGAGGCGCGCCCACCGUUGAGGCCUGGAACAGCCCCAACUGCGGAAAAUGCUACCAACUGCACUACCAGAACGGCAAGGUCGAUAAGACGAUUAAUGUGCUUGCGGUGGACUCUGCGGUCGGCGCAUUUAAUCUGGGACUGCAGGCUAUGGACCAGUUGACGGGUGGGAAUGCGCAGCAGUUGGGAAGGGUUGACGCGACGUACACGGAAGUUGAGGCGUCGCAGUGUGGUAUUACUUCUUGA